AUGGACGGCUUCAUGGAUGGAGAUGGGCCUCUUUGGCCAUGGUGGGCCUCAAUGGUCGUCAUUUCUUGUUGCAACUUCCUCUUCUUCAGGCACGCGCGGCUGCGGUCUCGGCCGUCACACACACCGCAGGAUCGUCGCUACCUGCGCUAUCUGCGGAACCUUUGCGUGCCCUUCCUCUUUGAAUGCGCAUGGCGCAGUGUGUUCCCAAGUCUCUACAACGAGCGCCAGGUGCUGUUCGACACACCCCUGAAUUCCAUCCUUCUGGAUCGGAGUUUAGCGGCGAUUGGGGAGAUCUGUUGGGUGUUGCAGAUCUGCUUGAUUCUGGAGCAGCUCGCAACAGACCUGCGGCAGCAUUGGAUGAAGGGCUGUUGCGGCAAGUGCUUCGUUGAGCUCUGCAGCAUGAUCAUGGCUCUGCUGGCUUUCGUCGGGGAGUUCUUCUCCUUUGUAGGCACGUUUACCACCAAUGCCUACUUUGAGGUCUUGGAAGCCAUAUGCUGGUGCUCCCUAUUCGGUCUGGCCUCGCUGGCGUCCCUCACGCUGCUGGUGCGGACGCACAUGGCAGGGGCAUGUGGAGUGGCUGCCAAGCGGUUCAUGGUAGUGCUCACACUGCAGGGCUUCUUCUAUUGCCCCUACAUGAUCCUGUACAACAUCCCCAUGUACUGGCGGAUUUUCCGGCACGACGAAGAGGAAGGCAAAACCUACCUAUCUAUCUUGGAGGGCAUCGUGGACUCUUGGAGGACCCGUGAAAGGUGCCAAGAGUGGCGCUGUUGGAGGGAUGACUGGUUCUGGAUGUCCUUCUACUUUUCUUUCGCAGUUUGGAGCAGUAUCUGCAUGAUGUAUGCUCCAAGACUGAGAUUCGCUCGCUUGACCAGCCAGGGGUUGCAGCAUUCUGCCGACAUUCUGGCCUUGGUUCUUUAUUGCCGGCUCCAGGUCAGCACUCCCGCUCCUGCAUCUUGGACCCUACAUGGUCCCAUGCCAGUCGCCGCCGUGCUGCCCGAGGAUGCACUGAUUGACAGACAGCCCAGAGCCAUGACGCGCAGCUUUCAAGACUACCAGAAGGAGAAGCAAGAAAGGGAGUGGAAGGAGAAGGUGCAAUCCCGCAAGGAGGCCAUGAACAACGCACAGCGAGUGUCUCGCGCCACCGAAUUCAAAACGAUUGGCAAUGGCAAGUUCAAGUGCGGCAACUUGCUGGAGGCCAGGGACUACUACCGAGAAGCCGUCAUUUAUGUCGAGGAUCUUGUGGAUGCUCGCCGCAAGGAAAAGGUGGAGCUGCUAAUGCCGCUCUACGCCAAUCUGGCGCAGGUGUAUCUUCGUGUUGAGGAGCACUCCGCAGCGGAGGAGGUGUGCAACAAAGCUCUCACACUUGCGGAAGUGCCCCGCAACAAUGUCUCGUCGUCUCUCCGGGCGAAAGCACACUUCCGCCGUGCCGUUGCGCGGCGCGUCCUCGGAAAAGCCGAGGAAGCCCGUGACGACCUGCAAACGGUCCUGCAGAUGCAGCCGGAUCACGCCGAGGUUCAAAAAGAGCUGGCGGCUGUCCGUGCUAUUCUCUCCGACAGAGCCAAGCAGGCCAAAGCAGCCUGGGGCGGCUUUUUGCAGAGACCUGCUGUUGACAAAGAAGCCCGCGAGGAGCGAGACCGGAAAGCACAGGAAAAGCGGCAAAAGGCCGCAGAGCGCCGGCAGGAGCGAUUGCGAAGGGCGGAGGAAAGGCAACAGAUGCAGGUACGAAGUUUUGCUCUAGGCACUCCGAGUAUGGCCGUCGAGCCGCCGCCAGUCCCGGUGCCAGAACUUCCUGGCGAGGUCCGGGUCUUGGAUGAGAAGAGUGCCCGGGCCCACUUGAACCCGCACAUGAAGCACCUGGCCGAGUUUAUCAUCAGGAUGACCGCCAUCCGCCCGGAGAUUCAAAGGUCGACCAGUGCUUUCUUCGUGCUGUGGGGCUUGGGCCACGUCCUGCGCGACAGUGGAGCCAGUGGGAAGAGCUUCUAUCACCUCAGCCGAGUGGCCGAGGCACUGGAUGAGUUCUGGUCCCAUUCGUGGCAGGAGCACGCCUGGCGAAAGGUCGCUGCACUUUUAGUUCUGAAGAACGGUCCAGCGGCAGCUGUGCUAGGGACGCUGGCCGCCCUUAUUGCAGCGGCUCUGAAAAGCGCAGGCUUCCUUCCUGGUUACGAGAAGCCAUCGAUUGACCACGUGGGGCAUCAUCACCACUACGAGUUCUCCCUCUGGGCCCUUGGUGCGGGAGUGCUCACGGCCUGCCUUACCUUGGUGUUUUGGCGAUCCCAGUCCUCGGUAUUCCUGGACAAAGUUU